UUUUGUAGCAGUGGUAGCAGUAUACAAGGCGUAGAGUAGACUGCGUCGUUUUUUCACUUUGGUUGUUUUACCUUUGAAUCCUCCUUUUUAGGGUAUUGUCUUUUUUGUUUGUCAGAUUUUUGCAAGCGUGGGUUUGAUUCUCUCUCGCUCUUUAAACUUCUCUUUGACGCCAUCUUUUUAUCUCUCUACCGACUUUAGUCUUUACUCCCUCCCAUAGUUUCUCUUGUAUGUUCAACAAUGGAUCAUAGCAUACUCUACAACCCAGUGAAAUACACCGAGCACAAAAAAACCACCACAAAAAUCAUUAAACCAUCACACCAAAACCCAAGAAAAACCCUUCCCAACGCUCCGAGAAAUGUCCGUAUCACUAUGACCGAUCCCGACGCCACUGAUUCCUCCAGCGACGAACAAGAAGAAGACAAGCUUUUCCACCGGCAACGCGUCAAGAAAUACAUCACUGAAAUCAAAAUGGAGAGAGGCUUGAUCAGCGGCGCCAAAGUCAGCGCUCUCCGGCCCAAGCCCAGGCCCAUGAAGAAGCCCACGGAGGCCGCCGGGGCAAGGAAGUUCAGAGGCGUCCGGCAGCGGCCGUGGGGAAAAUGGGCCGCCGAGAUAAGAGACCCUUGCAGAAGGGUCAGGCUCUGGUUGGGGACUUAUAGCACGGCCGAGGAGGCCGCCAUGGUCUACGAUAACGCUGCCAUAAAGCUCCGUGGCCCGGAUGCUAUCACAAACUUCACCCCGCCGCCGGCGAGUAAUGUGGCAUCGGUUUCGGGAUAUGACUCCGGUGACGAGGCGCGUGUCGUUUCCUCUCCAGUUUCGGUUCUUCGGUUUAAAAACAGUGGCUCGAGUGAGAGUGCUGAACCGGCCGGUCUAAGUAGCCAGUGUAGUGAGUAUUCCGAAUUAGUAGAUGGUCUGAACCGGACCGAACCGGUUAGUAACGAAUUCAGUUUGGAGAUGUUGGAGUGUGAAGGUGAAACGAGUACUGUACCGGAUUACUGGAACGAAUAUUUGGGGAUGGAGGUUCCGGUUUUCGACAAUUUCUUCGACUUGGGGCUGCAAGAGGAGCACUUGUUUGGGGACGAAGCGAGUUGUUUCGGCGAUCCCCCGUCGCUCGGGGUGAAGUUCGGAGAUGUUAAUGAUUCGUUUAUGGAACUUGGCUCAAUCGAUGUUGAAGAUUAUUUUGGUUUUGGUGGCUCUGAUGAAGUCUUAGCAAUAUAACAAUGUUCAAAAAAAUGAUACUACAUGUUUGAACACAGUCGGAUUGCCGAUUGAAUAUUGGCAAAUUUUGUUAUCUUUUUCCGACUGUCGGCUUGUAUUUUGUUUUAAUUAAGUAUAGUUAGUAGUUAGUAUCUAAUAUAGAUGCAUCGAUCUCCAUUCAAAAUGAAAAUGGAGGUUUAGUUGUGUCAUGAGUGAGUUCUGUGUAUUAGGCGUGAUACAAAUCUUGAAACAAUAAAAUGGAUUUGU